CAUAUGCUUCCCGUGCACCAUCGCCUUCAGAUGUUAGAGUAAAGGAUGAUGUUAGGUCAGCUCACGUACUUAAUUGUGUUUUCAUAUAAGUGCAGCUUGCAACACUGAAGGUAACAUAAAAAUAAACACUUCUAGCAGUUCUGAAAAUUACUUGAAUGUUAUUGUAGACAUGUACAAAUUGGACUUCUGGUUUAUUCCUUUCCUUUCAGAGAGCAACUCUUACAUAUCUUAAACAUACUCCUUAUCUCCCUCCCACCACACUAGCAGACUAGAUAUGGUUCCCUCCCCGUAGCCUGCUCUCUCCAGUAGCUGCCUUCAUUCCAGUUGAAAGGAACUUUCUGGCAGCUCAUUGGCCCAAGAAUAAGGAAAUGGUUGCUUAGCAACCAAAUCCUGACCCCUGCAAACCUGUAAAGAGGAAACUUGUGGGCCAGCCACCUAGUUCUGCCUGUGUUAUAAGUAAGAAGGAACUGCUUAUGAGAAGAUGAAGCCCCUGUCCCUGUUAAUAGAGAUAUUGAUCAUUCUUGGGGUCAUGAUUAAAAAUAUCGAAGCAGAAAAGCAUAAUGAAAAUCAAAAGGAAAGAAAUGUCACCACACAGGUAUCAGUUAAUGAAGUCAAGCGAUUUUUAUCACAUAUAUUGGAACGAAGAAAAUUGAUUAAAGUAAUCUAUCAAAGAGAAAAUGCCUUAGGAAAAAAGAAGAUUCAACGUAAAUUAAGAAUAAGAGGAAUUCAAAAUAAAGAUCUCUCAAAAAGAAAUAAAAAUCAUUUAAGAAAGCAAGCAAAGAAAAAUUUCACAGAUGAAGGAGACCAGCUGUUUAAGAUGGGCAUCAAGAUUCUCCAGCAGUCUAAAAGCCAAAAACAAAAAGCAGAAGCCUAUGUAUUCUUUGCCAAAGCAGCUAACAUGGGAAACUUGAAAGCUAUGGAGAAAAUGGCCGAUGCUUUGCUAUUUGGAAAUUUUGGUAUGCAAAACAUAACAGCAGCUAUCCAAUUAUAUGAGUCCUUGGCUAAAGAAGGAUCAUAUAAAGCCCAAAACGCAUUAGGAUUUUUGUCUUCUUAUGGAAUAGGAAUGGAAUACAAUCAAGCCAAGGCACUGAUAUAUUAUACCUUUGGAAGUGCUGGAGGAAGCAUGAUGUCCCAAAUGAUUUUGGGGUACAGAUAUUUGUCAGGAAUCAAUGUUCUACAGAAUUGUGAAGUUGCCCUAAAUCAUUACAAGAAGGUAGCAGAUUACAUUGCUGACAAAUUGGAAAAAAGUGAAAGUAUUCCAGUGGAAAAAGUGAGACUGACUGAGAGACCUGAAAAUCUGAGUUCUAACAGUGAGAUUUUAGAUUGGGACAUAUACCAAUACUAUAAAUUUUUGGCAGAAAGAGGAGAUGUUCAGAUACAGGUUUCUCUUGGACAAUUACAUCUAAUUGGGAGGAAAGGUCUGGAUCAGGAUUAUUAUAAAGCAUUAUACUACUUCUUAAAGGCAGCAAAGGCUGGGAGUGCAAAUGCCAUGGCAUUUAUAGGAAAGAUGUAUUUAGAGGGGAACGCUGCAGCCCCACAAAAUAACGCAACUGCCUUCAAAUACUUUUCCAUGGCAGCCAGUAAGGGCAAUGCAAUUGGUCUUCAUGGGCUCGGUCUUCUUUACUUUUAUGGGAAAGGAGUUCCUGUGAAUUAUGCUGAAGCACUUAAAUACUUUCAGAAAGCUGCAGAGAAAGGAUGGCCCAACGCACAGUUUCAGUUAGGCUUCAUGUACUACUCUGGCUCUGGAGUAUGGAAGGAUUAUAAACUUGCCUUCAAAUAUUUUUACUUGGCAUCUCAGAGUGGGCAGCCCCUCGCCAUUUAUUAUCUGGCCGAGAUGUACGCAACAGGAACAGGAGUGUUAAGAUCGUGCAGAACUGCUGUGGAGCUUUAUAAAGGUGUCUGUGAACUAGGCCACUGGGCUGAGAAAUUCCUGACAGCAUACUUUGCCUAUAAGGAUGGUGAUAUAGAUUCUUCUCUUGUUCAGUAUGCACUGCUUGCAGAAAUGGGGUAUGAAGUAGCUCAAAGCAAUUCAGCAUUCAUUUUGGAAUCUAAAAAGGUUAAAAUUCUUGAAAAAGAGAAGAUGUAUCCAAUGGCACUUCUCCUAUGGAAUCGAGCUGCCAUUCAAGGCAAUGCAUUCGCUAGAGUAAAAAUUGGAGAUUACCAUUACUAUGGCUACGGGACUAAGAAGGACUAUCAAAUAGCAGCCACACAUUACAGCAUUGCAGCCGACAAAUACCACAGCGCUCAAGCCAUGUUUAAUCUGGCCUAUAUGUAUGAACAUGGCUUAGGUAUCACAAAGCCUGGGGGCAAGGAUGACACAGGGUCAACUGUGCACCAGAGAGGACACUGCCUACCAGAGCCCAGAUGGCCCACUGUAUCAGAAGGUCUGGUUUUCUUCCUUGGAGUCACCGCUAGCCUCUCUCCCAGUCACUUUCUUCACUAUGUCAAGCAGCAGCUGUCAAGACAUACAUUUCAUACAUUUAGAAGAAACUUUGUAAUUUGUCUCUGGACAUAGUUCUGUUCCUUCCUAUCCAGGUCCUGUUAAAUCACAGGUAGUUUGUUCAUUUUGAUCCUUUCUCACAGUCACAGGUGUAUUUUUUCCUACAGAAAGUCUCUACACAUAAAAAAUUGUAAACAAAAAAUAAGAAGCAGAGCUGAACUUAGAUCCGGACAGAGGAAUUUUAGGUUUAGUUGGUGAGGAGCCAUUUCUCUUUUGUCUUUAUUAAUUUCUUCUGUUUUGCAAUUCAAAAAAUAAUAACCAAGUACCCAGGGGCAAACUUUAUUAAUCUUGCCAUCUCAUAGUCAAAUUAACAAGGAGAUACCACCUUUUCUAAUCCUUAAAAUAAAUAUUCUGAUAAUUAAAAAGCUGAAGCUUGUUCGGGCGAUGGUUAAUGAAAGCAAAGCAAUUAGAACAGACUUUCACAGCAUUUAAGUCAUCAAGUAAUUAAGCAUUUCUUCAGCAGGGCACUUCACAAUCCUCUUUAUUAGUUAGUCCUCAUGCAAACCAGCAGGAAAGAUAAGUAUAAUAUCAUUACCAGGAUUUCUCUGAGAACCGAAAAAGGGUUUGUAAACCAAAACUCUCUGGGAGAAGGAAGUGAGGUAUAAAUCAACCUGUGGUAAAUCAGUAUAAAAAUAUGGGUCAUUGUUGUCCUCAUCUGUCUUUAGGAAAGGGCAUCGGGACUGGGUGAUGUAGGUGACUUAAUCCUAAUAGCUUCACUGAGAAGCAUCUCAUUACCCAAUUUAUGACUUCGAAUUAAGCUCAGUGAGCUCCUUGACUUAAACUGUGGGCCAAGACUGGCUGCACCAUUGUUGUGGGAAUAUAAAAUAAUGCCUGAGGAAGAACUAGGAGAGGACCUGAACUAAUUUAGAAAUACAAGCACUCAGCUCACAAGUUGUUAUGCAACUAUGUCUCAAUUUACGCUUGAUUCAGAAGUACUUCAGAAAUUUAACCAUGAACAAAAUGAUUUGCCCAUCCCCUCCUGCCCAUUCCUUCUGUCUGUAUCCUGGUUCAGGCCAGCAUUUCUGUUCAUUCAGGCUUGUUAUAAAGUCUUCUCUGUCGUCUUCCAUUCUACUGUUCUUCCUUUAAAUCUGCUCAGAGAAAACUGUGUCUGCCAAAGAUAUAUUAUCUCCAAUUCACGGGGAGGACUUGUUGCUGACAUGUGUCUUCUAGUCAGAGACUACAUUUCCCAGCUCCCUUUCAUCCUUGUGACUAGUUCUUACCAAUGGGACAGAAAUAAAAAUGAAGGGUGUCAUUUCUGGGCUAAGGCGGCUAAGAAGUAGAUGGAGCUUCUCCUUAGUCUCUUUCCCCUUCCAUUUGUUAGAUGCAGAACUUAUAGAGGCUCUAAGGGAUGGCAGAAUCACAUAGUAGAAGGAGGGUGGGCCUCUCAGUUACCAACCAGGAAUACCCCUGUUGG